GCUGGUCAUGGCUGGCUGCCGGCGACCGACGACCGAGAUGGGGGAAGUGUGCAAGCGAGUGGCGCCGAGCGUGCGGGAGGAGGAGGAGGAGGAGGAGAAUGGCGACGGCGGCGGCGUCGACCCGGCAGCGGAGUCGUCGUCGGCGAAGCUGUACGAGGACGUGCCGGAGAUGCCGCUGAUGGCGCUGAACCACAUCUCCCGCCUCUGCAAGUCCAUCGACGCCUCCGUCCGCUUCUACGUCAAGGCCCUCGGCUUCGUCCUCAUCCACCGCCCUCCCGCUCUCGACUUCAACGGCGCCUGGCUUUUCAACUACGGAGUUGGGAUCCAUCUCGUCCAGAGAGACGACGCGAGGAGAGCGCCCGACGUCAACCCCGGGGACCUCGACCCCAUGGACAACCACAUCUCCUUCCAAGUACGUACGUUCGUACACAUUUCUAACAGCACGAUGCAGUGCGAGGACAUGGGGAUGAUGGAGAAGAGGCUGAACGAGAUGGGGAUCGAGUACAUGAAGCGGACCAUCAACGAGGAGGAGGGCUCGCCCAUCGACCAGCUCUUCUUCAAGGACCCCGACGGCUUCAUGAUCGAGAUCUGCAACUGCGAGAACCUCGAGCUCGUCCCCGCUGGCGCCCUCGGCCGCCUCAGGCUGCCCCGAGACCGCCACAACCCGCCGCUCCGGAUGGCCGCCGCCGGCAACGACGAGGCGUGAGAAAAACGUACAUCCAAGUGUACGUAGUUAGUAAAAUUAAGUAGCUGUCAGGUCUGAGUACGCGAGGUUGGCUGGUUGACCGGCCGGCCCGGCGAAAUUUCGGUUAGCUGGUUGCGUCGUUGCAAGCUUGAGUUUGCGUAUGCUAUUACUUUCGUUCGUUGAAUUUACAGCGACUUGUGGUCAGCGAGGAUUGAGCUUGAUCAGAUUGGCUACUACGAUCGUUCUCCUGUUCUUUGUUCA